AUGCCAAUUCUGAGCAAAGAGACGAGCAUGGACAAACAGGAGCUGCCCAAAGUCCCCGUCCCUCCUCUGGACCAGACUCUGGACACGUAUUUAAAAUGUGUCCAGCAUCUCGUCUGCGCGGACCAGUUCAGGAAAACCAAAGCCGCUGUGGACAAGUUCGGCGCCCCCGGUGGAGCGGGAGAACUACUGCAGGAGAAACUACAGGAGAGGAAAGAGAAGACGGAAAACUGGGUCUACAGUUACUGGCUGGAGGACAUGUACCUCAACAAUCGUCUGGCUCUCCCUGUGAACUCCAGUCCGGCCAUGGUGUUCCCCAAACAGAACUUCAGAGACCAACGGGACGCUCUCAGGUUUGCGACUCGUAUCAUCAGAGGAGUGCUGGACUAUAAGGCUCGCAUCGACACAGACGACCUCCGCGUGGACGUCGCUCGGGGGCAGUUGGCCGGGACUCCCAUGUGCAUGCAGCAGUACAGACGUCUGUUCACCUCGUACAGAUAUCCAGUCCAGGGCUCAGACUCUCUGUCGGUCAAAGUGGACUGUGCCGGACCAGAGCACAUGAUCGUCGCCUGCAAGAACCAGUUCUUUGUGCUGGAGACACUGCUGAACGAUGAACUCAUGACUGACGCAGAGAUCUUUUCACAACUGGAUAAAAUCAUGAAAAUGGCAGAAAACCCGACCGAGAGAGCGCCCCCCGUAGGCCUGCUGACGUCUGACGGCAGGAACGAGUGGGCUCAGGCCAGAGAGGCGCUGGUCAAAGACCCAGUAAACCGGACCUCCUUAGACCUGAUUGAGUCCAGUCUGUGCCUGGUCUGUCUGGAUGAGCCCUGUAGUCCUUUAGACCAGAGUGACUCGAGCAGAGCCGCCAUGAUGCUCCAUGGGGGCGGAGCCGAGAAGAACGGCGCCAACCGCUGGUACGACAAGUCCAUGCAGUUUGUCGUGGGUUUGAGUGGAGUUUGUGGAGUGGUGUGUGAACAUUCUCCAUUUGAAGGAAUCGUCCUGGUCCAGUGCUCCGAGUUCCUCCUCGAAUACAUUAUCAGUAGUCCGUCAAAGAUGUCCACAGUGGUCAGUGGAAAAUCUCUUCCUGUUCCCAAACGCCUGACGUGGAAAAUCUCUCCUCAAAUCCAAGGAUUCAUCUCGGACUCGGCUCCACGACUCCACAGAUUGGUGAAAAACCUGGACAUGGAUGUGUUUAAGUUCAGCUCUUACGGAAAAGAUUUCAUCAAGAAGCAGAAGAUGAGUCCAGACGCGUACAUCCAGGUCGCCUUACAGCUCGCCUUCUACAAAUGUAACCGCAGACUCGUGCCCACCUACGAGAGCGCGUCGAUGCGGCGUUUCAGAGAAGGACGAGUGGACAACAUCCGAUCGGCCACGAGGCAGGCUCUGGCUUUUGUCCAGGCCAUGACCCAGGACAAGCCGGCUGCCAGCGAUGCAGAGAAGAUGGAGAAGCUGAACAAGGCCAUCUGCGCCCAGACAGAAUACACUAGAGCGGCCAUCACGGGAAACGGCAUCGACAAUCACCUCCUCGGGCUGCUCAGGAUCUCCAGAGACCUGAAGAUGGAGAAGCCCGACAUGUUCUGUGACCCGACCUACCUGAGCAGCAACCAGUUCAUCCUGUCCACCAGCCAGGUGCCCACCACAGUCGAGAUGUUCUGCUGUUACGGUCCAGUGGUUCCAAACGGUUAUGGAGCCUGCUACAAUCCCCAGGCCGACCACAUCCUCUUCUGCGUCUCCAGCUUCAGAGAGAGCACCGACACCUCCUCCGCGGUGUUCUCCAACGCCCUACAGGAGGCGCUCUCACAAAUCAGGGACCUGUGCAAGCGAGCCCACAAACCCCCCCCAAGCCCCGCCCAUAAGGGAAGUAAGCCAUAA